AAACAGCAAGCUCUUUCUCCUCCACAUCAAGCUUGUUGGAUAAAGCUAACGACUCUUAACCAACAAAGCAUGGAGAAGCCAGAAAAGAUGCCAAGGUUCAGCAGCUGCCGUGGAGUCUCUUUCGAGAUCAAUCCCAACAAAACCAACCCAUUCGCCAUCCAAGCUCCACCGGAAGAUGAGCGGGAAGGCAGGUGGGUCGGGUUCCCGUGGGUUCGAAGUUCUUUCCGAGUGUUUCCUACAUCGGCUGCGAUUACAAGGUCACCAAGUCGACCAAGCAGCCAUUACUGCGAUCUUGACGAUGAGGAUGAUGAACAGGAGGAGAAAAUAAUACAUGUAGAAGAAGCUAACGACAUUGAGAAACAAAAACAAGAAGACGUAGAAGAAGGAGAUCGAAAACAGCCCGCAAAGAAAGAAAGCUCUGUUACCAAAGCAAAGCAACAGAGAGAAUCGAGGCUGUCGGUGAUAUUGCUGGACCAAGGUCUAUUUACAGUCUACAAGCGGCUCUUCGCCGUCUGCCUGUUGCUGAAUUUACUAGCCCUGGUUCUCGCCGCCACCGGGCGUUUCCCAUACGCCAGGCGGAAGGCGGCCCUUUUCUCUGUGGGGAACAUACUCGCUCUCACACUCUGCCGGAACGAGGCCUUCCUACGGCUCGUCUUUUGGCUGGCUGUCAAGGCUCUGGGUUGGAACUGGGUUCCACUCCGACUCAAGACCAUGACCACUUCUUUCCUCCAAUCCCUUGGUGGCAUCCACAGCAGCUGCGGGAUCUCUUCAAUCGCAUGGCUCACGUACGCUCUCGUCCUCACCAUCAAAGAUAGAGAAAACACUUCAAAUGAGAUCAUAGCCGUUGCCUCCACCAUCCUAUCAUUACUCUCCCUCUCGUCAUUAGCCGCAUUCCCUCUAGUACGCCAUCUCCAUCACAAUGUAUUCGAGCAGACCCACCGAAUCACUGGCUGGUCUGCACUCGCUCUUCUCUGGCUCUUCAUCGUUCUCACUCUCUCAUACAACCCCAUUUCAAAAUCCUACGACAAUCUCCGUGGUUCUAGUCUAGUAAAAGAACUAGAAUUCUGGUUCACGCUAACCAUCACCCUUCUGAUAAUCCUUCCAUGGACAACGGUGAGACGAGUCGCAGUGACAAUCACUGCUCCUUCUGGCCACGCGUCUCUGAUAAAGUUCGAGGGAGGAGUGAAAGCUGGCUUAUUGGGGAGGAUCAGCCCAUCUCCCUUAUUGGAAUGGCAUGCAUUCGGUAUCAUAUCAGAUGGUAAUAAAGACCACAUGAUGCUUGCUGGUGCAGUUGGAGACUUCACCAAGUCCUUGGUUUCAAACCCACCUAGCCAUCUUUGGGUCCGGUCGGUUCGCUUCGCUGGCUUACCUUAUCUCGUGAACAUGUACCAAAGGGUGGUAUUGGUAGCAACGGGUUCCGGCAUCUGUGUCUUUCUUUCCUUUCUCCUACAACCAUGCGCUGCUGAUGUGUGCCUGAUCUGGGUGGCGAAAGGGAUAGAACAGAACUUUGGGAAGGAAAUCAAGGACAUGGUGUGCAGGUUUCCGACAGAGAAGGUGAUCAUCCAUGACACGGCUGUCUCGGGCCGGCCGAACGUGGCGGAGAUGAGCAUCGACGCUGCGAAGAGGUGGAGGGCGGAGGUGGUCAUUGUCACCAGCAAUCCACAAGGGAGUAGGGACGUUGUAAAUGCAUGCAAGGGUGCUGGAAUAGCUGCCUUUGGGCCCAUUUGGGACUCUUAGGCUGUUGCGGGUGUAUGGAAGUUGAGUUGCUCUCGCAUGCAGUCGUUAUGUUCUGGUUGCGCGGGAGAAACUCGAUUAGAUUUUCGUUUCGCGACGAGCUCUCACAAGUCAUUGCCACGUCAACAGUUACCUUGUCGUGUUGCUAUAAAAUGACAGUGCCAA